GUAAAGGAGGUGGCUCGUUGUUGCGUACGCACGCUAGUGUGUGAGUUUGCGCGUUAGCUGAGUGCUGCUGCGUGGAUGAUGGCUGCGUCGAAACCCGUAGAGCCUCAGUCCGGGAGUGGGCUCCCUCGCUGGCAGCUGGCACUCCUAGUAGGGACACCGAUCGUCCUAGGCGUCGGAGCUGUUUACCUGUGGAACCGAAGUCGCAGCAAAGAAAAGCAAGGGAAAAAGAAUGGAGAGAGGAAAACUCCCGAAGGAAGCGCUAGCCCUGUCCAGGGCCAGCACGGAGCGACUAACCCAGAGCUGGAGAACAUGAGUCCCCUUGACAGAGCACAGUCUGCCAAGAAUAAGGGCAACAAAUACUUCAAGGCUGGCAAAUAUGACCAGGCCAUCCAGUGCUACACAGAAGCCAUCAGCCUAUGUCCCAAAGAACAGAAAGGAGACCUAUCCACCUUCUACCAGAAUAGAGCUGCAGCCUACGAGCAACAGAUGAAAUGGACAGAAGUGAUACAGGAUUGUUCUCAGGCAGUCGAGCUGAAUCCUUGCUAUGUAAAAGCCCUUUUUAGGCGUGCCAAAGCACUGGAAAAACUGGAUAACAAGAAGGAAUGCCUAGAAGAUGUGACAGCAGUAUGUAUUCUAGAGGUUUUCCAGAACCAGCAGAGUAUGCUACUGGCAGACAAGGUGCUGAAACAGCUUGGAAAAGAGAAGGCCAAAGAGAAAUACAAGAACCGAGAGCCCCUUAUGCCAUCUCCUCAGUUCAUCAAGUCCUACUUCAGCUCCUUUACUGAUGACAUCAUCUCACAGCCCCUACAGAAAGGUGAAAAGAAGGAUGAGGAUAAAGACAAAGAGGGUGAGGCCUCAGAGGUCACAGGAAGCUCAGGCUACCUAAAGGCUAAGCAGUACAUGGAGGAGGAGAACUACGAUAAGAUCAUCAGUGAGUGCACAAAGGAAGUUGAGUCUGGAGGCAGGUACACAGCUGAAGCUCUUCUGCUGAGAGCCACAUUCUACCUGCUGAUUGGCAAUGCUACAGCUGCACAGCCUGACCUUGACCGUGUCAUUAACAUGGACAAUGCCAGUGUCAAGUUGCGUGCUAAUGCGCUAAUUAAACGUGGAAGCAUGUACAUGCAGCAGCAGCAACCCCAGCUCUCCACGCAGGACUUCAACAUGGCUGCAGAGAUUGAUCCUCGUAAUGCAGACGUCUACCACCACAGGGGACAGUUGAAGAUUCUGCUGGAUCAGGUGGAGGAGGCUGUAGGAGAUUUUGAUGAGUGUAUAAAACUUAGACCAGAUUCUGCACUUGCCCAGGCCCAGAAGUGCUUUGCAUUGUACCGACAGGCAUACACUGGAAACAACCCAUCCCAGGUUCAGAAAGCCAUGGAUGGCUUUGAGGAUGUCAUUAGGAAGUUUCCAAAGUGUGCUGAGGGCUAUGCUCUGUAUGCACAGGCACUUACUGACCAGCAACAGUUUGGUAAGGCUGAUGAAAUGUAUGAUAAAUGUAUUGAACUAGAGCCUGACAACGCCACAACAUAUGUCCACAAAGGUCUGUUGCAGCUUCAAUGGAAGCAAGAUCUGGAAAUGGGGCUUGAACUCAUAAGCAAAGCCAUUGAAAUUGACAAUAAAUGCGACUUUGCUUACGAAACUAUGGGAACCAUUGAAGUCCAAAGAGGCAAUCUGGACAAGGCUAUAGACAUGUUCAACAAGGCCAUCAACUUGGCCAAGUCAGAGAUGGAGAUGGCCCAUCUCUACUCCCUCUGUGAUGCUGCUUAUGCCCAGACGGAGGUGGCCAAGAAGUAUGGGCUCAAGCCUCCCACGCUAUAACUCUUGCUUCUUUUCUCCACUCUCUACUGCCGGGCCAGAGUACGCAUCUCAUAACCUAAGUUUGAUUUUUUUUUUUUUUUUUUUUUCUUACUUCAUCAUAAAGAUGAUCGUUGUCAAUGAAAAGGAAGCCUGAACAUGUUCUGCUACCACAUGUUUACACCAAUUUUGAGGACUGGAAGGUGGCAGAGAAAAUGGUGGAGGAGCAGCAAAAGGAAACAAGAAAAUGCAAAAAAAAAAAAAAAAAAAAGACUGAUAGCUGCUGUGUUAGAUAUAAAAUCAUCAGUGGCAUAGUUCAAAUCCUCCCUCAUUGAGUAUGGCUUAGACUAUCUUAUGACUUAUAAACAGCACUCAUUUGUUCAUGUUCAGCCUCCCCUGCCAAUUGGUGUGACAGAUGUCUUCAAUCGGUAAUUAUUUCUUUUUCUUUUUUCUCUCUCUCCAAAACACCAGAUUCACUACGUUAAAUCAGUGUUUACCAUCAGCAGGACUGCAUUAUGUAUUCAUGGUUUGAUGCUGUAAUGUGCGUAAGCUUUGUCCUUUCACUGUCACAUCUUAGCAACCUUAUUUGCAUUUUUUGUUGUAUGGGAAAUGCAGGAUUAAAGUUUUAGUUGAGAUGUUUUUUGUGUUAUAAAUCUGUAUGUUCUUGUGUGAUGACACUGUAAGAAGGGGAUUAUAUCAAGGAAAGGUUUGACAUUUGGCCAUACAGUUCUUCAUUUUUGUGUGUAUUUUUAUCUUAAAUUUUGGAUUUUUUUUUUUUUUUAAUCUAUAUAAAUAUUCUGUGCAGCAAUGAGAAUUUUUCUUUAAAUAUAAGUGUCAAUACACAAAGUUACAUCCUACAGAUAUUGAACUAACACAAAAAUAAGAGACAAAUUGCACAUUAGUUCUAUUAUCUUAUACAACAUUAAAUAAAGUAAUUUAAAACCUUCUUAGCCCUGUAUAAGAAUUUUGCUGUGAAGUCACCUUGCCCAUCUUAUAAAACUGAGGCACUAAAAUGUUAAAUGUUAAAAACAUAGCUGUGAGAAACGUAAUGUUGCAUAUUUGUGCAAAAACAUAAAUGAACCUAGAAACAUUAAGAAUCGCCAAAAUUACAUUCCUCUCAUUUUAUGUUUAAAACUGCACAUAUCUGAUUUUAUUUGUUUAAUUCCUCUGUGAAAUAAAAAUGUCAUUGAGGGGUAUUUUUGAAGAAUGGCUCCCUUCUUGAAAAAUAUCAAUGCAAGAAAAUGAUUCAAGAAUGAUUUUUAAAAAAAAAUCAUUUUUAAUAAAAGACAGUAAAUUAUUUUUCCUUGAGCACUGCAGCUAUGAUUUCUUCACUAUCUGCAUUCAUUUAGAAAUUAGAGAAAGUUAAUUUCUAUAUUUUAUACUAUUUACCUGCUUUUCAAUAUCAAAACAACAAAAUGGCAUUGCUGUCUUUCAAAUAUGGAUUGCUUAAGAUAUUUUCCCUUAUUGUAGCUCUAUUUUAAAACCACUGUUGACUGAAUGUGUAACAGUAUAGGGCUUGGACUUUCACCUGCCCAGUUUACAGAAAAAAAAAAAGGAUGUGAUCAAUUGCCUAUGCAUGUACAAAUUAAGCAUUGCCUAAUGUAGAUGUUUACAUGUUUGCUUAUUUUCUUUUUUCCAAUCAAUUAAUAAUGGAUUUACAGACCAAUAUUGAUGGUACAAGUCAUUCCAGUCAUUCUGCUGCAUGUUUGAAGAUCAUAAAAAAUUAUUGUUUUAAAAUAAACUACAAUGCAAGCUAAUUGGCACAACCUAAAGGUUUAAAAUGAAUUUGCUGUUCUGAAUCUGUAGAAAGUAGCUGUGCAAAAAAAAAAAAUGCCUCAAGUAAAAAGAAAAAAGGAAAAAUGUGAUGUCGUUAAAGUUUACUUGUGUAAUAUUAAUGUAUGAUACCCUAAAAUAAAGAAACAAGUUGUCCACAGUUAUUCAUAAA